AUGGAAAUUCGAAAUAUCAGAUCAGUCAAGCCUAAAGCUUUCGCUACUCAAGACGGGCCAAAUGAGAGAAACCCUGUGUCUGUUUACAAAAUUUGUGGCGAGCGAAGACCAACCUCAAUUCUGACCACCGAGGCCCCUUUCUAUCCUAGUAUUAACUAUUCAAAGGAUCCUGGUAGAUGUUGGUUUAAGGCAAGUGCAAUGGCGGUAAACAAACUGAACUCGUUAAGGAAAACUAUGGUAAACAAAUCUGGACUCGACGAGAAGCGACGGCUCACGAACCACAACGCAAGAAAAACUAUGAUACAAAAACCUAACGACAGCAAUGUUCCCCCCACUCACAUCAUGCAGCUUUCAGGUCACCGUAAUGUGCUAAGUGUAAACAACUACAGCUCUGUUUCUAAAGAGCACCUGGUCAACAGUGGUACGGUCGAUUAAUGUACAAUACUUAUUCCAUCCCCACAGAGACACCUCGCCUUGACCUAUUGUCCUAAUCAACCAAUCAAUUGAUCGUAAAGUGUGGCUUAGAAAAAUGCCGAUCGGGAGGAUUUUCGGGGCGCAAACCACCUCCGCGUGGACCAUGGUCGAAAUCGGAGUGUGCAGCCUUGACUUCGUCUUUUGACAAGGAUAACAGUGAUGGUAAAGCAAGCUUAAAACGGCAGAAAUCGCCAGAAACUACGACGGAUACACAGGGCAUAGCAUGAGUAAGUUUUAUUGAUUUUACGUGUAAAAUAUUCAUAUUUCGGAAAUAUUUAUCGUUGUAAAUCGACCAUAUUUCAUUCCCCAUACUAUUCCUUAUAACGUGUUCAAAUUUUCACGGUUCUUCCCGUAACUUAACACUGAGUCACACAACGUGAGACGCGUUCAUGAAUUCAUAGUUGGCUUUUUCUCGAGACGUGAGCUUGGGCCGCCUGUGCACGCACUGCUGCAACUACCACUUUGACGGCCGAAGCGGAAGCUUCGUUCAAAAAAACCUCGAUGUUUCUUGCAGCUGGUCCCUUCAAUGGAGCCGUAUUCCAUGAUGAACGAUUCAACAUAACUAUAAACUCUAUGAACAAGUCACCAGGCACUUCUGCAGAUAGCUCAAAUUCUACGGAACGAAGCUACAAACGAAUCAAACGAAUUCUUGAAUCGUCGGUGAUGACGACAGUCCAACACUUCAAUGAAAAACUUUACCACUAA